AUGCCCUACCUCUCCACCCAACUCUACGACGUAAUCUCCGACGUGGACGCCUACCAGACCUUCGUCCCCUACUGCGCCGCAUCCCGCGUGACAGCCUGGUCCGAACCCGACUCCACAAACGGCGGGCGUCGCUACCCGACGCAAGCUGACCUCCGCGUCGGCUGGGGCGGCUUCGAGGAGACGUUCACGAGCAGAUUACACUGCGUUCCCGGCAAGAGCGUCGAGGCGAUCAGCGGCGCGGACGUGGAGGGCGCCAGCCCGGGAAACGGAGGCGAGGGCGGCGCCGUGUUUAGGAGUUUGGUGACAAAGUGGCAAUUGAGGCCGCUUGCCUCCGGGACGGGCACCGAGGUGGAUCUGGUGAUUCGGUUCCAGUUUGCGAAUCCGUUGUACUCGGCCGUCAGCGCUGCGGUUUCUGAAAAGGUGGCGGGCGUCAUGAUUGAGGCGUUCCAGAAACGUGUAAAGGCGGUUUUGGAGGUCAUUGUCAAGAAGUGA